CUGUAACAUUGAAUCAGUUACAGGUCGCUGUAGCUGGAGCGCAGUUGUGAAGACGGCCGUGGACGCGAACAGAACAGCGCACAUAUGCUCUCGCAGCGCAAGAUCUCUAAGGAUUAUAGCCGCUGCAAAGGACCCUCGCUGUGCCUUUUGGAGGAACCAAUUCACUGUGGAUAUACUUACAAGAAAGGAAUAAAAAGAGGGGAUUAGGAAAGGGGUGAACAUCCAUAGCCAUGGAUGGGAUGAAGAUAUACCUGGUGUGUGGUGUUAUCUGUGUGGGAAUGGUCUCAGCGAUGGCUGAUCUGUUCUCAUCCAUGGGGAUGGAAGAACCAACCCGUGAGCUGGAGCCUAAUUCCCUCAUCAACGUCAGCUGCUCGGCUGACUCGGAAAUAGUUUGGGAUGCACCAGUUCUGAAAGAUGCCAUAAUUACUUCUGACGGUUUCACCUCAACUCUCCUAAUUUACAACGCUACUGUAAAUCACACUGGCUAUUAUGAAUGCAAAUAUGGGAGCGAACAGACGGAUAUCUAUAUAUAUGUCAAAGAUCCUUCCAUCCUGUUUGUCCCAGAUGGACCAGAAGACUGGGUUGAUGAGGGGGAUGAUGGUCUCGUUGCGUGCCGUACAUCACAGCUGACAUAUCAUGUUGAACUGAUAAAAAUCCCCAGUAAAGAGAAAAUCCCGGGAUUUUAUGACCCCAGAAUGGGGUUUAUAGGUGUAUCUCCUGGCAAGUAUCAGUGUGAAGCCACAUUAGAUGGCCGGACUUUCACAAGUGCCAUCUACACCGUAAGAGAAAAGAAACCCAGUGAGGCGAAUGACUUUGAAAUAAAGGUCAGUGCUAGUGAAGAGACGAUAAGAGUUGGGCAGCCCUUGAACAUCUCCUGCAUCAUACCCUUGGGCCCAUCCUUUCAUCAGCAGUGGAUCUAUCUCAAAACACAGGCUGUAAAUGCAUUCCGGACAGAGUUAACUCUUACGGACAAGGUCAUCCACACUUUGAGUAUCCCACAAGCCACGGUUAAGGACGGCGGCAGCUAUGAGUGCUCGGUCAGGAAUGAGGCCAGUGGAAAAGCCAAAGCGGGCAGAGUGGCUGUAACUGUGUUCGAGGAUAACUCCUUUUUAACCCUGGAUCCUAGAGGGAUUCUGCAGACAGAGUUUGUCACAAUUUUUGAAGAGACACAGUUCACAAUCUACAUUAAUGCAUACCCAACUCCUAAAGUUUCAUGGAUGAAAGAUGACCAAGCACUAACAGAGGACUUUUACAUUUUCACAAAAAUGAGUCGCAUUGAGGGGAAUCGGUAUCAGAGCACUAUAACAUUCCGAGUACCUAUGGAGAAGGAUAAUGGAAAUUACACAAUAACAGCCAUAAGUGGCACUCAAACUGCUCACUUCUCAUUUAUUCUCAAAAUGACAGCUACCAGACUUGAUAUCAGACCCUCCUCCGCCCCCCUUCUGCAACCAGACCUGGAAGAAAUGGUUGUUCCCCUCCACUCGUCUUUCACUUUAACAUGUCGUGGAGGCACAAAACUUGUAUGGGACACACCAUUCCAUAGGGAGGAACAAUCACAGGUGGACCGCGGCGUUUUUGUCUCCACCAUAACUGUGGACAUAGCAACAUUAAUGCACACUGGUUAUUACACUUGCCAAUAUAGUGGCAACAUCACAGAGGAAGCCGAGGCAAGCAGCAUUUACAUCUAUGUACCAGAUCCAGACUCUCCCUUCCUGCCAGCAUACAUAUACCAUCUGCCGCCUGAGCGAAGUGAUGUUGAGAUUCCAUGUAGGGUGUCUGAUCCCGGUGCCAUAGUGACACUGGUCAAUGUUGACACCAACCAACCUGUGCCUUGUAUGUAUGAUAGUAAACAGGGCGCUUUAGGAACAUUUUCUGCAGGAACUUAUGUAUGCAAGGCCAUAAUAAAUGGAGAGGUGCACACCAGUGAAGAGUACAUCGUCCAGGAUUCAAUAGAUAUGUUGCAAGUUAAGCUCUAUGCCGAAAGAACUGCUCUGCUCGUUGGAGAAACAAUAACUGUCAACUGUCUGGCUCAAGGACCUUACCUACUCGAAGAUAACUGGAAAUACCCUGGCAAACUGGCUAAUCGUGGUACAAAAACUGUACGAGAAAGCAGGAAAGAUAGAGAGAUUCUGUACACCCUGACGAUCCCACAUGCCUCAACCAAAGACAGCGGCAACUACUCAUGUUCCAUUACUACUGUGGCGUCUAGAGAGACCCAGACAAAGGAAAUAGCUAUUCAAGUUUUUGCCGGUGAGUUUUUAACGAUCAACCCGGACUUUCAGCACCACGAAUCUGCAAGACUGGAUGAGGUCCGGGAGUUAAGCGCUACAAUAUCCUCCUUUCCCGAUGCCCAUGUUACUUGGUUCAAGGAUGGCAUUCCACUCAAUGAUGUGACCGCUGAGUUCUCCACUAAUCUGCAGAAGACAAGUGAGACAAGCUACAGAAGCGUUCUCACCCUGAUCCGGGUGAGGGAGGAGGACAGUGGGAACUACACCCUGCGAGUGGAGAAUGGAAACCAAAGCCAUGAAGUCAGCUUACACCUGGUGGUUAAAGUGCCAGCAGUCAUUGUGGAUCUUAUGGACCUCCACCAUGGUUCAGCCACAGGACAAUCAGCAGUGUGCAUUACCAGGGGGCAACCCACUCCCGUUGUAGAGUGGUUCAUAUGCAAGAACAUUAAACAAUGUGCCAAUGACACGUCUUCUUGGGCGCCUCUACCCACCAACUCCACAGAGAUCACGAUGGAGUCGCACCUGGAUGAAAAGAGCAAUCUGGAGGCCCAAGUGAUGUUUGGUCAUCUGGAAAGCACUCUGUCAGUCCGAUGCUUUACCAAGAAUGAACUGGGUGUAGAUAGCAGGGAGAUCAAACUGGUGUCCACUGGCCCUCACCCUGAGCUGACGGUAGCUGCCGCUGUGCUGGUUCUACUGGUCAUUGUCAUCAUCUCACUCAUUGUCUUGGUUGUUAUCUGGAAGCAGAAACCACGGUAUGAGAUCCGCUGGAGGGUCAUAGAAUCUGUGAGUCCGGACGGCCAUGAGUACAUCUAUGUAGAUCCCAUGCAGCUUCCCUACGACUCCAGAUGGGAAUUUCCCCGAGAUAGACUUGUGCUUGGUCGGAUCCUGGGCUCUGGAGCCUUUGGAAAGGUGGUUGAAGGCACCGCCUAUGGACUCAGCUGUUCUCAGCCUGUAAUGAAGGUGGCAGUGAAAAUGCUGAAACCCACAGCUCGCUCCAGUGAAAAGCAGGCUCUGAUGUCUGAACUGAAGAUCAUGACUCACCUUGGACCCCAUCUCAACAUUGUAAACCUUUUGGGAGCAUGCACCAAGUCAGGCCCUAUCUACAUUAUCACUGAGUACUGCUUCCAUGGUGACCUGGUCAACUAUCUACACAAGAACAGGGAGAGCUUCCUCAGCUUGAGUCCUGAGAAAAACAAGAAGGAGCUGGAUAUCUUUGGGAUCAAUCCUGCAGAUGAGAACAGCAGGAGUUAUGUGAUUCUGUCCUUUGAGAGCAGAGGAGACUACAUGGAUAUGAAACAGGCAGACAACACUCAGUAUGUACCAAUGCUGGAGAUGAGCACAAACUCCAAGUACACAGACAUCCAUGGUCCGAACUACGACCACCCUCCAUCACAGAAAGGCUCUGGCGAAUCUGAGAUGGACAACCUGCUGUCGGAUGACACGAGUGAAGGUCUCACCACCACCGACCUGCUUAGUUUUACCUACCAGGUGGCCAAAGGAAUGGAGUUUCUUGCUUCCAAAAAUUGUGUGCAUCGGGAUCUCGCAGCCAGGAACGUCCUUCUCUCUCAGGGCAAAAUUGUCAAGAUCUGUGACUUUGGGCUGGCCAGAGACAUCAUGCAUGACAACAACUAUGUCUCUAAAGGAAGCACCUUUUUGCCAGUGAAGUGGAUGGCACCAGAAAGUAUUUUUGACAACUUAUACACCAGUCUUAGUGAUGUUUGGUCAUACGGCAUACUCCUCUGGGAGAUCUUCACCCUUGGUGGCACACCGUACCCUGGGAUGGUGGUAGACUCCAGUUUCUACAACAAGAUCAAGAGCGGAUACCGAAUGUCAAAGCCUGAACAUGCACCUCAAGAUGUGUAUGAGAUGAUGAUGAAGUGCUGGAACAGCGAGCCAGAGAAAAGGCCUUCCUUCAUGGGUCUGAGUGAGAAUAUGGCGUCUUUGCUGCCCUCCAGCUACAAGAGACAUUACGAGAAAGUGAACCUUGAGUUCCUGAAGAGUGACCACCCUGCUGUCACCAGAGUAUGCAUGGAGACUGACUCAGGCUACGUUGACAUACCGUACAAGAACCAGGGCAAGCUAAAGGACAGGGAAAGCGGCUUCGACGAACAGCGACUGAGCUCAGACAGUGGCUACAUUAUUCCCCUCCCCGAUCUGGACCCUAUAUCCGAUGACGAGUAUGGAAAAAGGAACAGACACAGCUCUCAAACAUCUGAGGAGAGCGCAAUUGAGACUGGCUCAAGUAGCUCCACUUAUGCUAAGCGUGAGGGUGAGAGCCUGGAGGACAUCACUCUGCUGGACGAGAUGUGUCUGGACUGUAACGAUCUGGUGGAGGACAGCUUUCUGUGACAGCUGCCGAACCAAAGGGUGGCAAUGGGUAGAGCUGCAAGGACAUGGGACAGCAGAGCGAGACCUGUAAAUCAGCCAAAAACUCUAGCCAUGCCACUCCUUCUACAAGGACAGAACAAAACCACUUGCCAGUCUCUGUGAGUCACAGGUGACGUAAGGUACGCCCAUCACUUCUCCGCGGACAAAGACCCUUUUUGGGCUGGAGAUGUGGACGAGCAAUAAUGAAAAUGGGACUGAAAGAAGGGAGGAGGCUAACGUUUGUGUUUGACCCAUCCAGAUCAAACAGUUUAAAAAAAAAACAUCUUCAUUUUAUAAAGCUUUAUUGUGUUGGGCAUUUUUUAACUACAGUAUAAGCAAGAAGGAACAAAUCAAGAACUUCACAACUCUUACAAUAUACCACUACAAAUGCACUAUUAUUGCUAUACGAUUCCAUUACCAGGAACUGUAUUAUGAGGAAGUAAGACCUUUUACAGUUGAAGCACCUGAUGCUGGCACAAUCAGUAGCAAAACCUUGAGUUUAAGCACAACAUUUGGACUGAGUGCAUCUUUUUCUCUGUGACUACAUAAUGUUUUAAAUAGCUAAGUACAUGCAGUAGUUCAAAUUUAUUUUUUUACCUCACUGGUGUAAGAACAUGUAUUAUUGUGAAACAAGCAGUUAGUAACCAAUCAUAUCUGUCUGAAUGGGCGUGAGAAGAGCUUCUUAGUUGCAUUAGUCUUUGUAUUGCCUGUCCACUUUGGCCCCAAAAACAAAAAAAGAUCCCAGGUAAAGAUCUAGCUCAUAUUUGACAUGUGGGCAUUUUUUAAAUGAAGUGUGAUUGUAAUGUAAAUAGCUCCAGAGUUGUUUUAUAUGAGGGAAUUACUAGUUGUCUAGUAUUGUAUGUGAGUAUAAAAUAAGCUUCUAUAGCGUCUUCUAUGCGUCCUAUAAAGUUACUGCUUUCUAGAAACACGUGUUAUAGUGAUGGUCCAUAAAAAAACAAAUUAAUGUCAAAAUGAAAUAUAAAUAGGUUAGAACAAGAUAUGGGCUGGUUAACUCGGGGUAUUUAUUUCAAGCUGAAAUAGAUAGCAUGACCUAAUGGAAUAUGUUUAAAACAGAAAAGCAAAAUUUAUUUAAUGUUGUUUUGAUAAGUAGACAUAUGCCCUCCAAAAAAUAUCAUGCCUAAUUUUGUAGUAGUUUUAUGCUCUUUAUUGCAAAAUGUCUGACAGAAAGGUAUUUGGAUUUAAUUUAAAUAAUACCCACAGCUUGGAAUAUUUCUAAACAGACACAUUACCUUACAAAUCCUUUUUUUUUUGUAAGUCCGAGGAAAGUGCAUUUUUCUUCCUUUAGCUUGUCGGCCUGUAUUAUGCAGUAUUGGUUGGAUAGAGGCAGUGCUGUGUUAGUAAAUUCUCCAAACAACUGAGAAAACUUUUCAACACGAGCACUGUGGGCUUUAAGUUGUGGGAAUUUUAACGAUUGGGGAAAUUUAAUCUUGAUAUGGAUAACCAGCCCAUAUCUUGUUAGAACAUGGCUACAAAAAAAACUAUAUAACCUUCGUUAUUUUAAUGAGAUGGGAUAAAGUAUCAGUUGCAGGCCAUGCAACUGCAUUUCUGGGAGCUUUACAAUAAAAUGGAUGAAAUCCAAGCGAGUGUUGGAACAAGUAAAUGACGGCCAAAGACCUUUUAUAAUCUUUCAUGUUGUUUUUUUACCUGUCUAACCAUUUUGACCUUCGGCAGACUCACUCUCACCAUCAUGAGGCUUUACUAUUAAACAGUUAUUAGCUGAUGUGUUGUGGUACAUCUGUUACUUAUACAUGUGUUGCGCCGCCCCUAUCUUCUCGCUUUAGAAGCUGUACUUCUGCCUCCUCUUACUGACUGUGAUAUAAAGUACAAUCAUUGAUGCACUUUGCUUUUUCUUACGUGUUGCAGAUGAAUAUGCAGGCAGAGCCUAAAAUACUGUAAUCUCUCUCCUAGCCUCAGAUGUAUAGAGCGGUGUGGAUGUGAUUGGCUGUGAGUGAUGUGUCGGUGGGUGAUGGUACUCUAUCUGUAGUUAAAGAUAAUCACACCAAGUACGAUGUUUCAAUACGUUUCAUUAUUUGAAGUUAUGUACAUUCAGAUGAUUUAUAUUUCAAUAAAUGAUUUAUAAUGUAAACAAA